GUGUUAUUGGAAACAACAAAGCUAUAGGAAAAUACAUCACGACUAUGAUAUUCCUGUAUUUUGCCUGCCUCCUUCCAUCCAUCGCAUUUGGGUCGCUCAAUGAUGAAAAUACCCGAGGAGCUAUUGAUGUGCAGAAGACAAUCGUUGGCCAGUGUAUUGGAGGGCUGCUUUACGCACUUUUUUCGGGGCAACCUUUAGUUGUACUCCUAACCACGGCUCCUUUAGCGCUCUACAUUAAUGUCAUCCGAGGAAUCUGCGAUGAUUACAACUUGGAUUUCAGUGCUUUCUAUGCCUGGAUUGGACUGUGGAACAGCUUUUUCCUUGUGAUGUACUCCCUCUUUAAUUUCAGUCUUCUGAUGAAGCUCUUUAAAAGGUCAACAGAAGAAAUAAUUGCACUUUUUAUAUCCAUCACGUUUGUACUUGAUGCCUUCAAAGGCAUUAUUAAAGUUUUUAAGAAAUAUUACUACCAUGGGCGCACAGGAGACAGUUACUUGGAAAAAGCACGAACUGAUGCUAUUCCAAGCCUCGGCAUCAAUACCACCUUCUUGAUGAAUUCAUCAGUGAGCAGAUCCAUGUCCCUAGAGAAUCAAACAGGCACGCACGAUGUGCAUUAUGGACGUGAAACUGCCGUCCUUAGUCUCAUGUUGAUGUUGGGUACCCUUUGGCUUGGUCAUACGCUCUAUCAGUUUAAGAAAAGCCCGUAUUUGCAUGCCAGAGUGCGUGAAAUUCUGUCCGACUGUGCCUUACCGAUUUCAGUUCUGACUUUCUCAGUUGUGGGCUCCUAUAUCUUCAAGGAAAUUGAAAUGUCCAAAUUUAACUACAACCCAUCUGAGAGCUUGUUCGUGCUGGCCCCAGUCCAGUCCCUCUCGAUCGGGUCCGUGAUGAGCGCCAUGGGGCUGGGUUUCCUCCUGUCGAUGCUCUUCUUCAUAGAGCAGAACAUCGUGGCAUCGCUCACAAAUGCACCGGAGAACAGGUAA